GGAAGCAGCAGACUUGAUUUGCAUAUACCAUAUGCUGUUUUGCCGUCGCAUCGCUUAAUAAAAAAACUGGAAAACAAGGAUAUGUUCUUGCGACUUUUGUUGGAAAUGGAAUUUUUGUACGGUGCAGAAAAGAGGCUACCAGCGCAUAUGACGGAUGGGAACUGGAUGAAAUAUAUGCAAAUGCCGAGCAUCAUCGAGCGAUGCUGCUAUCUCUGUCAGCUUUAUGAGAGCAGAAAGGAGCUGGAAGAAAACGACGAACAAAAGAUCCUAUGGGCUAAAGAAAGCACGGGCGCGAAAAAACCCGCUCUAAACACACUUCAUUAUUUUGAAAGAGAGCAAUUCAGGAGAUUAACAUAUGAGAUGUUUGGAAGCCGAUUGUUGGCUCGAUGGCGCUGUAAUGAUUCAGUUCCUCCACUGCUUGUUGACUGUAGAUAUUUGUCGAAUUUAAAUUUCGUGACGCAAACAUAUAUUAUCAAGCAAAUUAAAGAUCUUGUGCUCGAGAACAGCUUGCAGCGAAAUCCAUUUCCUAUUGUUUUCGUAAACUAUCACUCCACCAGUGAUAUUGCUUUGGGAAUCGUGAAUUCAUGGCUCCGAAAGAGAUGCUUGCCGAAAUAUCGCCAGCUUAUUGUUGAUAAAAACGAUGAUUCACAACAGCAGCAGCAGAUUAACCAUAGCGUUGAAGAGCAGAUCGCUUACAUCAAUCCGAAAAGCGAACAUUAUCUACCCGGCCCACUACAGCAGUAUAAAGCGUUUGUGUUUUGCGCAACUCCGGAUACCAACUACUUAAAUUCUUCGUUCAAAGCUGCUCGUGCAGAAAAGUUGAACUCCUUUCGCCUGCCUAUCAGUCAGUUUGUAAAGUAA